AUGACUCCAGCAAAUUUGGCAGGUCAGUUUGGUGACACAACUUAUACUAAGGUAUUUGUUGGAGGGUUGGCUUGGGAAACACAAAAGGAGACCAUGAAGAAAUAUUUUGAGCAGUUUGGUGAGAUCUUGGAGGCUGUUGUUAUCACUGAUAAGGCCACUGGCAGAUCCAAAGGCUAUGGAUUUGUAACUUUUCGGGAACCCGAUGCCGCCAUGAGGGCUUGUGUGGAUGCUGCUCCAGUGAUAGAUGGGAGAAGAGCUAAUUGUAAUCUUGCAUCUUUGGGUGUCCAGAGAUCCAAACCCUCUACUCCAAAGCAUGGAGGAGCAGGGAGGAACUUUAGGGUAAUGAGCUCUUUUCAGACAGGGUUUGGAGGUGGUGUAGGAACAGCUUUUCCUUCAGCUGCGUCUUUCCCUCAUUAUGCCAUCCAACAAGGGGUACCAUAUAAUGUUUAUGGGUACUCUUCAUACUCGCCGGACUACACGUACCCAACGAGCUACUACAACGUGUACGGAGGGGCAGCUGCCCAGUACCCUAUGUAUGGAACUGGGCAUGGUGGAAUCAUGAAUGGUGGGGCUGCGGCCUUCUACCCGUAUCUACAAUUUGGAGAAGGUAGUGGAGGAGCCACCAGCUUCACUACUUCUGGGCAGAGCUAUGGUGUCCAGUACCCACACCACCUGUUUCAGUAUUCAGCCAUGAAUUCAACUACAGCUGGAGGAUAUCCACAGCAUUAUGGUGCACCUAUGUCUCUUGCUCCAACUGCAGCUUUGCCAUCAGGCGUGACCAUGGCUCUGCAAGCUCCACCAAUUCCUCAUCGCUAG